GGCUGUCAUGCUAGCAACACACUUUGAUCUACGAUGCCCUCCUCGACGGCUGUUUUUUACUGUACAGGCUACAGGAAACUCAUUCCCUGGUUGCUAGGGCAACCAAGGAGGAUGGCCCCCAGCAGGAGUAAGGGAAGCCUCAGGUUGCCUUUCUGCUUGUCGCUGUGCAGCACGCCUGCUGACCUGCUGCGGGCUGGGAGGAGGAGUCAACUCUGCAGAGGAGAUUCUCCCGGCCCAGUAUGGGUCCUGCCGCCCCGCUGCCCCACCAUGAGACAGAGCUCCACCAUUAGAGCUAGUGCUCCUCUCUCCCUCUGCUGGUCACUGCACAGCUCUGACUCGCUCUGCUCCAGUAGUGACAGGAGCACGGGCGGCAAGAUGUCAUUCUCUUCCUCCUCCUCCUCCUCCACCAACGAUGGACAAGGGAAGCCUAAACCUAAAUCCCCGUUUUGCAAGAGGGGGAGCCUGCAGAGCACCACCAGCCCUGACCUGUGUGGUGCAUCCGGGCCCAAGCCCCUCAAGCCCCAGAGAUCCCUACCAGGGACGCCUGUUUCUGUCUCACACUACCCGAUCGACCUGCGGACAUCCAUGGAAGAAAAGUACAAAGAGAUUGCUGAGGUGUUCACACGCAGCAUGGCAGAGAGCGAGAUGCGCAGCGCUCCUUAUGAGUUCCCGGAGGACAGCCCCAUCGAACAGUUGGAAGAGCGACGGCACCGCCUAGAGAGGCAAAUCAGCCAGGAUAUUAAGCUUGAGCCAGAGAUCUUGCUCCGCGCCAAACAGGACUUCAUGAAAAUCGACAGUGUUCCAGACCUAGAAAUAAUGAAGGAGAAGAGUGUGGACACUGUCGAUGAUGGCUAUAAAGAGAGGGAAAUACCUAUGGAAAAAGAGUACCAGCGGGUCACAAUAUCUGGAGAGGAAAAGUGCGGGGUGCCCUUCACUGACCUGGUAGAUGCUGCAAAGUGUGUGGUGAAGGCAUUAUUCAUCCGGGAGAAGUACAUAAAUCGAUCUAUGCAGAAUUUUUGUAAGACCACAGCUCACGCCCUGCAGGAGCUCGGGCUGAAGCCUCUGGAUCUGAGAGUCUAUGAAGACAUACCGGAGACCCCUGUAGAUGCUGACGCCCCCGUCCACCCACCUGUUUCAGAGACACACCCCUACGACAAUCAGGACCCGAAGAAUAUGCCGGCAGACACAGGAUAUGGUUGCAAGAUGGUGGAUGGAGUAGUCCAUGUCUACACCAAGAAAACCAACAUGGACAAGAGCUCAGAACUUGACCUGCCCUAUCCUGACCUGAAGGAGUAUAUUGCAGACAUGAAUGUUAUGAUGGCCCUCAUUAUCAACGGACCAGUGAAGUCUUUCUGCUACCGUCGCCUACAGUACCUGAGCUCUAAGUUCCAGAUGCACAUCCUCCUGAAUGAGAUGAAGGAGUUGGCAGCUCAGAAGAAAGUUCCACACAGAGACUUCUACAACAUACGAAAGGUGGACACACACAUACAUGCGUCAUCCUGCAUGAAUCAGAAGCACCUGCUGCGAUUCAUCAAGAGAGCCAUGAAGAAAUACCCCGAGGAGAUUGUUCACAUUGAGCGCGGCCGCGGUCAGACCCUCAAGGAGGUGUUUGAGACCAUGAACCUGACGGCCUUUGACCUGAGCGUAGACACUCUUGACAUGCAUGCGGACCGUAACACAUUCCAUCGGUUUGACAAGUUCAAUGCCAAAUACAACCCCAUCGGAGAAUCCAUCCUCCGAGAGAUCUUCAUCAAAACUGACAACCACGUUGAAGGAAAAUACUUUGCACACAUAGUCAAGGAGGUGAUGUAUGACUUGGAGGAGAGUAAGUACCAGAACUCUGAGCUGCGUCUCUCCAUCUAUGGUCGCUCCCGAGACGAAUGGGAUAAGCUGGCCCAGUGGGCCGUCAAACACCGAGUGUACUCUGAUAACGUGCGCUGGCUGAUCCAAGUGCCCCGUCUAUUCGAUGUGUACCACACAAAGAAGCAGCUGGCUAACUUCCAGGAGAUGUUGGAGAAUAUCUUCAUGCCUCUGUUUGAAGUCACCAUCAAUCCCCGGAGUCAUCCUGAGCUGCACCUCUUCCUGGACCAUGUGGUGGGUUUCGACAGCGUGGACGAUGAGUCUAAACCCGAGCACCACAUUUUCAAUCUCGAUAGUCCGCUUCCAGUCGACUGGACAGAGGAAGACAACCCACCCUACUCCUACUACCUCUACUACACCUAUGCCAACAUGGUUGUGCUCAACCACCUGCGAAGGCGGCGAGGCUUCCAUAUGUUUGUGCUGCGACCUCACUGUGGGGAGGCGGGACCAAUCCACCACCUGGUGUCAGGUUUUAUGUUGUCAGAGAACAUCUCCCAUGGGCUGCUGCUCAGAAAGGCCCCGGUGCUACAGUAUCUAUACUACCUGGCUCAAAUUGGCAUCGCCAUGUCACCGCUGAGUAACAACAGCCUGUUCCUCAGUUACCAUCGCAACCCACUGCCAGAAUACCUGUCCAGGGGCCUCAUUGUCUCUCUGUCCACUGAUGAUCCUCUUCAGUUCCACUUCACCAAGGAGCCUCUGAUGGAGGAGUACAGUAUCGCUACUCAGGUGUGGAAACUAAGUUCUUGUGACAUGUGCGAGCUGGCAAGAAACAGCGUCCUCAUGAGUGGGUUUUCACACAAGGCCAAAAGCUAUUGGCUGGGCCCCAGUUAUUCUAAGGAGGGCCCCGUGAGCAACGACAUCCGCCGUACCAACGUCCCUGAUAUCCGCGUGGCAUACCGCAGCGAGACCCUCUCUGAGGAGCUUCAACUCAUCACUCAAGCUGUGCGCACUGAAGAGCUGGACACGAUUGAUGAGGAGGACUCUCUGACCAUGGCCCCUCUCCCGGGAGGACGCUGAAAUGACCAAGCACCCUAGGGUCUCAUUUAUAACCAUUGUGUACACACAAAACGGGGCCUGAAAGAUGCAUAGGCCACUUUGCACGCAAUCUAUGAAAACAAAAUGUGCGCACCUAAAAAAAAAAAAAAAAACUCUGACCCAUGUGAACAAAACAUUUUGGAGACGGGAAAAUAAGUGACACAGAUGGUGAGGUGGUGAAUUGAAGCCAGAUUGUUAUUGAGCGUGAUGAGUGUUAUUUCAACUUGGUCUUAACGAAAGAUAGAGACCAACUCUAAUCUUAAAUAAAAGUCUGCUUAAUAUUUCAUCCCCAGAGCUCAGAGGACAGGGCUGAUCAUGGAAUCACCAUCGGUUGUAGAAAUCCAAAAUUAUAUGAGCUGUUGUGACAAGUGAAUUUCCCCGAUGUGGGAUCUUAUCUUUCAUUGUAUUGUCUAAAACUAGGCAUAUAUGGCCAGUGGAUUGUUGUAAAUGAACAAAAACAAAAUCAGUUUUAGAUUUCCUAGUCCUUGGAUCUGUGUGCUAAACCAACAUAGAGUGACCCAACCAGACUGUGCCAUCCCAGUGAAAACACAAGAAGGCCAUAAAUCUCUCUGGGUUUCUGGUAACCAGCUGGCACCAGGGUUAAUUCACCAAGAGGUGUGUGUUUGACAACUUAUAAUGUUUACCUUCCUGCCUAAAGUCCAUUUUAGGAAUAAUAUAACUCUUUGAAACUUGCUGCAUUUUGUUGUAUUUGUGACCUCGCUGCUGUGGCUCUUAAACAAUCUGUGCUUUCUAACCUCCACCUCACAUAUUUUUCGUUGUCGUCUCUGUCGUUGCCAUGAUUGACCGUUUAUGGUUGAAUGCGGACGUGUGGAGGGCUGGAUAUGAGGCUGAGCCUCGCUCACACAUUUCCAGGCGGACUGUGGUCUAUAACGGGAAAGCUGCCUGCAGGUGUACGUACACACACAUUUAUUAAUGGUUUUUAUUUUAGUGGAAGCCUACAGUAUGGCUCCUACACACUGUUUUAUAAAUGAGACCCCUGGACUUGUCCUGUAAAUCCCCAACGCCGUGCUCCAUCCAGCAUGUCACUGAAGAGAUGUGCUGUGAUUGUAAUUCUGUCAUCAUCCUAUAAACGCCACCAACCGUCACUAUAGAAGUAUGCUGCACACUGACAGCUGCACAGCUACUAAAAAGCCAAGGAUACAGCCGGAGCACUGGAGCUCUGACGUUAAAUUUCUAAAUUUAUAUUCAAGGUCCCCCCCCCCCCCCAGCUCUUCUUCUAUAAGUUUGCUUGAUGUUCAGCUUCAGUCAGCAUUAUGAGGGUUAGCAGAGUUUACCAACUCCAGGAAUUUUUUUGUGUGAAGGAGAAGCAGGGAAACACUCAACAGAGACACUUAAUAUCAGAUGAUCCAGAUGAUAUGUUUGAACUCACAUGACUUACUGUGUAGUAUCUCUGUAGUAUCUGUGUACUAUAGAAACACUGACAACCAGCACAUUAUUCACAGCAAACCUGCUCUGUACCUUGCCUAUCUUCCACUAUAGUCAGGCUGCUUGACUGAACUUAAUGCAUCUACGGUCUUGAUUCUAAAAAACUUAUAAUGAAGGAUUGCUGAUGCACUUUUAUUGAAAUAAUACAGUAGAGUUAUCAGUGAUGGUUGGACGUACCUACACGACAGGUUUCACGUUUUAAGCCGCUUCAGGGCGGCUUAAAGGCUUUCAGAUAUAGAGUGAUUGAAUGACAAGUCCUGUAACAAGAGGGGAUAGCGUUUCUCCGAAUGCUGCAGCGCUGAACAUCACAACAGCCAUGCAUGGUGCCUGGCGUGGUGUCAGAUCAUUUAUUUGCACUCAACAAAAUCGUUCUUCCGUGAUUUUUAAAUCAGCUCAGCUUCAGGUCAGGAGAGAAGCAGACUAACUGUGGUUGACUGCAAACAUUCCAUGAAGCAAGUUGUUUUCUUUUAUCUGCGAAUGAAAUGAGCUCCAAUGAAUGUUGAAAAUCAUCUCGCUUCGAUGGUACAGAAGACUCAUAAAGGGAAAAAAUGUGCAUUGUAGAUUGCACAGCACAAAUAAACGUAGAUGUAAUUCAGCAUCGUCCGAGGAGAACGCUGUUAAUGUUACCUCAUGAUGGCCAUGCAGAUACGGACCCCCUCUCCCUCCUUACGGCCUUCAUUUCACUCAUUCCUUCGUCAUGUUUUCCCCCUUUUUGCAUGCAGUCCACUGUACAUAUGCACCAAGCCAAUACUUCACAGUGCCUUUUCAUUUUCAGCUUUUGGGCACUGCAUGCCCAGUUUUUGUCUCUUAUCACCUGCAAGAACUCAGUCAUACACGGUAGACCUCUGCGCUGUUGUAAUAUCCACACACCAAUGGAACUGAAACCACCUAGCUGCUCGCUCGGUGUAAAAUAGCUUUUACCUUGGCCUUCAUGUGAGGGGGAAAAAAAAGUUGAUUUGUUUCUAGUUCACUACUUAUAAGUGCUUUUUUUGUGCAUGCCUGCAUGAAUAAUGGAUGGCAGGAGAGAAUGAGUUGCUUAGAGCAAGCUGUUUUUGUGAAGCAUCUUAACUAAUUCAGGGCUGCCGACCAGCUUUCGAUUCAGAUCACCAUGUAGAAAUGAGCAAACCAUGCUGGGUCAUGGUUAAGACUGUUGCAUGGUUCUUGUAGCAUUUAAGAAAAAACAAACAAAAAAAAAUCCCAAAGCUGGCAUCACAUUUUGUAUCGUACACUCAUCAUCUUAUCACAACCCGCCACCAGACACAGUCCAACUUCACCUUCAAACUGUGAGCAUUCUUCUUACACGUAAGACUGUCGAGUAAAAGUUGAUGCCAAGAACGAGGAGAGCCAAUCAGAAAACGUCAGCCUUUAUUCGAAUAAGCACCUGUAAUGUAUUAGUAUGUACACAUGUGUUGCUUUAGGCGAUUAAAGAGGGGAAGCCGGCUUUGUUCAAGCAACAAUAGAGUAGCUUCUAAAGUGUUCGAGCGAUGCGUUGAAGUUGCGUGCUGAACAUGGGGAAACUCGUGGAUUUCAUGUACAAAGUGUAUUUUUGUAAGGGCGAUAUAGAGAUAAGAAAUUUUAUAUUCACAAUAUAUUGAUGUCAAGGUUUAACACUUAGUUUUGCUGCUGUUGAUUUUCGUGAAUUGGCAUUAUGUUAUGACAAUAGAGUUUUUUUUCCAAUAUGGUUUUAUUGUUUGUUAAUUCUACAUUUUUAGUGUCUGUUCUGCAUAUUUAGCCAUUAUUUUUUCUUAUUACUGAUCAUCCUUUGUUUAUUAUGAUAGUACACCUAUUGCGCCCAUGAUAGACAGGAACAUGAUAGAUACCGUAAGCUGUCUCUACAGUCAGAAACCGACCUCUGCACACACACAACACCCUGAUAUCUACAUCUCAUCUUAAGAGUUGGUUCUUUUUUUUUGUGUGUGUGUGUUUUGGUUAAAAAGACUCAUUUUAAUCUAAACUUGCACAAAGUAUAUUAAUGUCUGAUUACUGCAGCUUCAUUUUCUCUCAUCCUGUUGACUACUUUGUAACAUUUUGUAAGGUUGAUUAUGGCUUAUCGUUUGAUGAUGGUACCUUAUCACUGAGAGACAGUUCGUCUGGACUGACCUGAACCUUUUUUUUUAUCCGUUCAUCUUUACAACUUGUUGUUUACUAUAUUUGUGUCCACUUCGUGGAUUCAUGUUGUCUUUACCACAGAGCCACUCACAGCGUAGUGCACCCUACCUCACACAUACUAAUCUUUGUCGUGUUGCUGCUCCGUGUUCAGCAACAGUAGGGACAUGAUUAUUUUCACUAUUUAUUAAUCUACUGACUAUUUUCUGGAUUAAUCCAUUAAUUGUUUGGUCUAUAAAAUAUCAGAAAAAAAUAGUGAAAUAUUCCCAUAAGAAUUCCUCGUAGUGUAAGGGGUGUUGACGUAUUCAAAUUGUUUGUUUUGGCCAAAAUUUUAUCAUUUUAUCAGUGAUUUAAAAGAACUUUUACCACAAUUAUUACUGAUUAUUUUGUCUCCAUCAACUAAUUGAUUAAUUCCAGUAAAUAAUUGCACUUGACAUGCGAUAGACAACAGACCAUUUACUGUUAUCCUCUGAGCAGUAAACAGUGAUUAUUUGAAUGGCAACCCAAAUCAUACCACUUACUAAAAAUAUAUUCUACUCACAGAUUCAUCGUUCACAGUUUCCUUCAGACUGAAUUAUUUCUGUGCAGUAACUUUACAGUGCAUUUAUCGAGUAUUCUGACGUUCACACUCGAGAUAUUUGUGUCUAUCUUUGUUUUUACAGUCUUGUCACUUUUUCACACUUUUUGAUUUAUAGUUUUAAUUUUAUGUCCAUUCACCUGUAGCCAUGUUUAGUUUUUUUGUUUUUUGCCUGAAAUGGAUUGCCAGUGUUAAACAGAUUCAAAUGCUUCUGAUAAGGUUCAUGUGUAAUGUCUGGACAAUGAAAUAAAGCAUGUUUAUUCACUAAA